GGAGGCAGGGGAGGCUGAGCCUCCUCUGUUUUUUGGAGCUGAGCUUCCUCUAAUUUUUUCGAUGAAAGAAUUUGUAUUUUUGUAGACAUUUGUUACUUUUCAGGAUAUUUUGUUUGAUUUAAUUUACUUUCAUCAUAUAUCAGGUCAAAAUGUCGAAAAAAAAUUAUAUUUGCGCCCUUACAAUCAUAAUUCAGACCGCUCCGCGUUUGGCUUCAGCGGUAGAAGCUAGCCUCCGCCGAGAAUGCAUCUUGCUAUUGAGACCGUAGACCUUGACGCAUCGUCAUUUAGUACUGCAUUGGCUACAACGUCGAUCAGGGUGCCGCUUCAGGCCGCUAGCCUCCGGCUAGUUUAUCUCUUUUCAGAUCAAGUCGCACGGAUAAUUUUAUCUCUUUCUUAUUAAUUGGCGCCAUCGGGUGUAAAUAGGAAAAACAUUGAGGUGGUUUCGCGUGCUCCCUAUUCAGUGGUGAGUGGUGUUUAGUACCUACGUAAAGCCUAAGGUGUUUUUUGUAUCAUUUAUUUGCAUUUUAUUUCUGAUCGUUAAAAACAGUUGGUAUUAUCGGCAUAUUAAUAUUAUUUAUCGAGAAUGAGCAACGAAAAUAAUUCAGUCUCAUGUGCAGAUACGUAAAUUAUCUAUUAAAAAAUUAAUUUAGUAGCUUUGAUUGUGAUAAAAAGAUCGCUAUAAAACAAAAGGGGAGACCAGCACCACCACUCCCAUUAAUGGUAAUGACAGGUAAAAAGCAAAACAGAGCAUUUCAUGAAAAUAAUUAUAACAAAACUAAAUGGUUAACGCCUUCGGUUUUAAGAAACAAAUUAUACUGUUGGAAUUGUGUAUUAUUCACAAGUGAUAAAUCUUCCGUUUGGGAUAAAACAGGCUAUAAGAAAAAUCACAUCUACUACUUUAGAUUCCGCUCAUAAGAGGGAUAUUGAGAACUAUAACCAGAAAGUUGGUGAAAAUAGGGCAAUUUUGAAAAGACUAAUCAAUGCAAUAGUUUAUUUAUCUAUCAACGCAGGAGUGUUCUUCUCGUGGGCAUGAUAAAAAAAUAUUCAGAUAAUGAAAGAUAUAAAAAGUAGUGCUUUUCAAAUUUGAGCCUCCUCUGAAGAAAACUUCACGAGCCGCCACUGCAACAACGUUAAGUUGUUCAUAUGCUAUAGAAACAAAUUUACACAAAGUGGGUGACCUUAGAACGUUUCUGUUGCAUGUUAAACAUUUGACCUGCUCAAAAAAUUGACUUCUUGUAAAAGUUGACAAUAAUGUACAUUGUAGAUAUUACAUAAUGUAACGAACCCGACGAGAUUCUCGACACACGGUCUUCGGUUAAGAUAUUGUUAUCAAAUGUUGUUGUGAUUCACUGUCCCACCAAUUUCUAACCACAAUCGACGUUGUUAUAGGUGCAGCCUUGUAAAGUAGACACGUCGCCAACAGCAAACAACAUUAUUUAUUCGUUACUUAAAAAAUGAAUCAUCGAUUUAACAUUGUUUCUUUGAUUAAAGUCUUACUGACCUACAACAAUCAUGGAGACAUUUAAAAAAAGGUCCGGUACAACCAACAAAGGCAUUGACUAUGAAAAUUUGAACAUCGCAAACAUCGGGAUCAACUGGUCCACUGACGUUGAAGUGGAGGAUUUUUAUUUAUCUUCUAAUGAUGAAAAUUUUGGUGCAUUUGAUGAUAUUGUCGUAAAAAUUACAUCGGCAACAGGUAGCAAUGUAUCUGCUUUACAACUUAAACACAACGAUCGAGGUAACUUACAUAUAGCUAAACUCAAACAAGAAAACGGAGAUUUUAGCGUAAAAAAAUACUUCAAUUCUGCUCAAAGUAUAAACUGCCACGUAGAUAAUUUUAUUUUAUAUACUAAUCUUAAGUUUGGCGUUAAAGAUAAUACACGAUUUUGGCUUGAUGGUGAAGAUUUUCAAAUUGGAUUGUCCCCAUUUCAGCCGAAAGAUAAAAUUUUUCAAAUAUCAGAUACAUUAAAUCAUUGUUAUAGGUUUCAUGUUGUUGAAGAUGAGUGUACAUAUGAUUACUCUCCAGAAAUUUUAAUGUACAAACACUUUUUUGAAAAAUUUUAUUUGUUUGUUAAUCAAGAUAAUUCUAAAAUUCUUGAAACAAAAAUAGCUGAGAAAUUUACAAAAGUAUUUCUUGCGAAUCAAACAGAAUGUGAUGCAUUUUUGAAAAUGAUAUCGCGAUGGAGUCAACAGAAGGGCGAAAAACAUAAACUGUGUAAGAGUUGGGUGCAGCGUGCUAUUGCACUUACACUCCUAUCAUCUCGAAUUAAACCGUUGUCUUUUGGUAGUGGUAUAGAUGAGAACAUGAAAAUUUUACGAGAGGCAAUUUCUACUUUCACUAUUACGGUAUUUGAAAAUAAUACUUACCAUAAAAUUAAAGACUUAUGGGGCGAUGCUAUGAGUCAGAUUAAAGAUACUAAAGAAUUAAAUAAAACACGAGAAAUGUAUCAUCUUAGCCAAACUUAUAUUAAAACUCUUGACAAUAUAGAUUUGAAGUUGUUAAACACAUUGCUGUGGUUGAACGGUAAAUGUCCAAUAAUUGUAACGGAAGAUGCAGUAGUCCACAAACUGAUAAAGUUAUGCCCACAAGUUAGUAUUAUUCUUCUUGUAGAUGAUAUUAAUAAAGAAAAUAUUAGUCAUAGUUCAGUUUUUCGAAAUUUAUCGGACUUAAAAGCACCACACCGAGAUAAGGUACUCAAAAAGUUUAAUGUUUCUAUUCAAGGAAAAAAAGAGGUCAGUUUAAAAAAUGUAUUUAGUCUUGAUUUUUCUCAUACUAUAAGAACAAGCCAUUUGGUAGAGAUGUUGGAGGGUCCGUAUACAAUCGGCGGUCUGCUAGAAAAUCUUCCCGAACCAUAUAUCGAAAGGAAUUUAUGCCGAAAUGUUAUAAAUAUAAAAUAUUUUCAAAGGAAUGAUGAAAACACUUCAAUUGUAAUUGAUGGCGUGCAAAACACUGAUUCAUUAAACCAGAAGUUGAAAAAUUGCAGUAUUCAUAAUAUAGAAAAUUACUUAAACGAAAGAGACUCAAGCGUUCAUUCGACUGAGAUAGAAAGAGAUACUACCCGAAUUAGCGUUUUUAUCACUACAAACAAGUGUCACAAAACGCAGUUUGAAGCAAUUUGUGACAGAAAUAAAGAUACGAAAAAUAUCCACCACUUGAGAUUUAUAGAUGAAGACAGUUUUGAAUGGAUUCAAAGCAAGGGCAAUAUAAGCAUUUUAGAAGAAUAUACAGUGAAUAAUUUUCUCUUAUCAGAAAAAGAAAUGUGGUGUAGAAAACUUGCGAACAAUAUAAAUUUGAUAAUUAGUAACCCUGGAAUGGGAAAGUCCGAGUUAAUGAAAAGUUUGAAAAACACAUCUCCUUCAAAAAUUUGGAUCAUCUUUAUGAAACCCACAGAUAUUUCUCUCUUCUCGAAAUAUAUUAUAAACAAUAAUAAUCGGUUUGACAAUUUAGAUUCUUUACAAAAUUUUCUUUUGAAUGAGAAAUACAAAUCGAUGGACGAACUAGCAAAGGAGUUUUUACAAGUGUUUAUUAAACAGAAUCAAGUAUUUUACGUUUGGGAUGCUUUGGACGAAAUUCCUACUGAAUAUCUAGCAACAAUUACAAAUUUAAUUGUUGAACUUUCUAUAAAAGGUCACCCCCAGUGGAUAACAAGCCGAUUUCAACUUAAACAUUUAUUAGAGACUAAAUUUAAUGUGCUUUCCUUUAAAUUGUGCCAAUUCAGCGAACAAGAGCAAACCACUUACAUUAAAAAACGUCUAGAGAGCAUUUAUAUGACCAACAAAUUUGAAGAAAUUAUGAGCAAAAUUCGAUCUUCAUUUGUACUGGUUGAACAUAAAGAAAUCUUAGGCAUACCUUUACAAAUCUUUAUGCUCACAAAUUUGCUUCGCCAAGACAUAAGCAAAUAUUUUAAACUCCUUAAUGAUAUAUUUGUUUUGACUGAUUUAUAUCAUUAUUUUGUGAAAGAAAAGAUGAAGGUCUACUUUGAAAAAAAUUCCUUGUCUGAAUCAGCAAUUAAAAUAUUAGAAACUGCAAUUCUCCAGUACCACCAAAACUUAGCCCUGAAAACAUUAUUCUCCAAAGAAUUCUUAAAGACACUUAAUAUCGAUAUUGAAAAUAGUUUCGAAGGCUUUAAAGAAGAAUACGUUUCGGUUGGUUUAUUAACAAAGAUAACGUCAAAACCAGCUUGUUUUAUUCAUAACUCUUUUGCGGAAUAUUUCGCAGCGCUUUAUUUCUGUCAAAAUCGGCGGCUUUCAUCUAUUUUUGUAGAUGUGAUUUUUGAACCAAGGUAUCUAAAUGUACGUUUUUUUUUCGAUUUGCUGUUGGCAAAAGAAUCACCACCUCAUGUGGCGGUAUUAUACAAGAACGUGAAUAUAUUGAAGAAUUAUGAAAAACAAAUUCGGACAAGUACAGAUUCCGCUGAACGGAGUGUCCUACAUGUAGCUUCUUCGUGGGGACAGAUACAUCCUCGAUUGAAUGUUACAACAACUGCUGGCGCUUAUAUCGUAGAUGAUUCUGGUUGUCCUAGUGUUGAGGUUGAAAAGCAGGAAAAUGUGAAGAUCUUAAAUUAUUUAUUAAAUAUUUGCGAUUUAUAUCCACGUGAUGCUUUAUUCAAAUUGACACCCUUAAUGUAUGCCCAAAAAAGUAACUGUCUUGCUAAUGAAAUUAAGAUUUUGAAGCAACAGAACCACAAUUUAAUGGGUCUACCAAUCGAACACAUAAUUAACAUAUUAUAUUAUACAACUGUGUGUGGAUAUGUUGACGUAAUAGAACAUCUGUAUUUAGAAAUGUCAACUUCUUUUAGUGGAGCACGUGCACGGUUACUAAAUUCUCGGAAGAAAAUUUUUAAUGCUAAAAAUAAAAUGGGCAUGACUUUGCUUUAUUUAGCAUCCGAAAGAGAUCAUGAGAAAAUAGUUAAGUAUUUACUGAUCUUAGGUGCCGACAUAAAUUUUCGUAGCACUGACGGAAUCACAUCUCUUUACGUGGCUUGCCAGAAAGGACACGAAAACAUUCUAGAACUUUUAGUUACUUUAGGUGCAAACAUUAAUCUGGGGAAUGUGAACGGUACCACACCUCUUUACAUAGCUUGCGCAUAUGGAAACGAAAAUAUUGUGAAGCGCUUAAUUACAUACGGUGCAAACAUAAACCAAUCUAGAAAAAUUGGCGCGACACCCCUUUACAUAGCUUGCGAAUUCGGAUACGAAAGCAUUGUAGAACUUUUAAUUAAAUCAGGUGCGAAAGUUAAUCUCGCAACUGUGAAAGGUGUUACUCCUCUUAUGAUAUCUUCACAGGAAGGACAUAUUAAGGUUGUGGAACGUUUACUUUCAGCAGGCGCAAAAGUAAAUCAGUCCACAAUUCGUGAUGUUACGGCUCUUUACCUAGCUUGUGAAAGAGGACACGAAAUUGUUGUGCAGCACUUAAUUGCAUUUGGUGCAAACAUAAACCAGUCCACAAUCAUAGACGCUACACCUCUUUACAUAGCUUGUCAAAAUGGACACGAACAUAUUGUGGAGCGCUUAAUUGCUUUUGGUGCAAACAUAAACCAGGGUAGCUACACUGGCGUUACACCUCUUUAUAUUGCUUGCGAAAGAGGGCACAUGAACAUUCUAGAACUUCUAGUUACAUCAGGUGCAGACAUUAAUCUCGGGAAUGAGGAUGGAGUCACGCCUCUUUUUAUAUCUACUCAGUUUGGACAUAUUAAAAUUGUAGAACGUUUACUUUAUAUGGGCGCAAAAAUAAACCAGGGCACUCGUUGCGGUGCUACACCUCUCUACAUAGCGUGCGAAGUAGGAAAUGAAAAUAUUGCGGAGCGUUUAAUUGCAUUUGGUGCAGAUAUAAACCAAUCUAGAUCCAACGGCUGUACACCUCUUUACAUAGCUUGCGAAAAAGGACACGAAAAGAUUGUAGAACUUUUACUUGUAUCAGGUGCAGACAUUAAUCAUAGGGCUUUUAUAGUUCGUACGCCACUGUCUGUAGCAUUAAAAAACGGGCAUACCAGAAUUGCCGAACUUUUUGGUGUUUCUAAUAGUUCACAAAUGAAAACGGUUCAAAAAUCAAAUAACACAAGUAACUGUGUAAUAUCUUAAAACACUGAACUAACCAAAAAUAAAUGAUCAAGAGGUAGAAUUAAGACUGAGUACUUUUAAGUAUUUAUGUUGCCAAAAUAUCUGUUUUCUAAUUCGUACUUGAAUAAGAUCGGUGCAUAUCACUCGAAUCAGUUUCGGGUAGUUAGUCAUUUAAACUUUGUAAGCAAUAAAAAUAUUGUUAAAAUGUUAUUUUGCUUUAAAUAUCAUCAACCGUCACCAAUAUUUUCAUUGUAUGAAUAAUCAUUUUUGGGAUGGUUUUCCUUCUUCUAAACUGCAUACACACGCACGUUAGAUGGAUUCUCUGUACCGUUUAGUAUUAAGUAACUGUCAAAUAAAUAUCAACCACGAAUUAAUUGUUGUGAGAAGACUGCUUCACCUAGAUGUCGAACCAACCGUGAUGAUUACUUCAAGAAUUGAUGGCCUUCAACUUCUGUCUGAAAAAACAUGUGUGGGUUUACAAAAUUUAUUUCAUAACGACCGUUUUGUUAAAUGCUCUAUUCAAAGGAAAACAGAAUUACAAUCUUUAUUUUCAAAAAUUAGGAAACAUACUAGAAAGUAGUAAUAAGAAUUUUCCAUAAGAUUGUAGUUGUUCAAAGUUUAGGUCAAUUUUGAAAGCUUUAUGUGUCAGUUUGUCAUCAAUGAAUUACUUAAGGUUGUACCCAUUUUUAUAAACAACCCUCAGGCUAUAUCUACUGCUACAAAUAAUACCUUAUAUUAUCUACUGCAUAUACUUAUUUACUGUAUGGACUAUAAUCAUCCAUUGCACAAGACGAUUUCUAGAGGCAGUAGAAAGUUCGACUUAUCAGUUGAGAUUUUAUGAAAGACGACUAGUGUGUUAUUCCGACAUUUAAAAUGAAUUGAUCAAACAUCCACAGUUGUAGCCAAAAACUGAACAAAUCUUAAAAUUGUACGUACUUAGUAUAGGAUUUUUAAAGAGUUGUAAAUAUAAUUUUUUCACUAUA